UAGUUCUUGUUCUUUUCCUGUCACGCUGUCUUUGACUUUGAAUUAGAUAUGCAGCCAUGGAUUUCAUUAUGGGUGGAAAACGUUAAUGUGAAAGACAAUUUUACUGUUGAGAAAAGGAAGCGUAUCAAAACUUCCUUUCUCUCUAUUACAGAAUUUUGUGGCCAUCGCCGGCUUUGCAGAGGCUCCUCAACGAUAAGGAAGCGUGUAUAAUCGUAGCUGAUGGGGAAUUGCUGGUGCCGUCCAGCUCAUAAGCCAACCCCAGAUCAUCCAACCAACAUCCAUCAUGUCACUGCAAGUAAUACAGCUCCUGCAGAUGAAAAUGUCUAUGACAGCAAUGGAUACUCUGCAACAAGCACCAACCUGACAACAUGGAUAUCUCAAUCAAGCGGCAGCUUCACAACUAUUUGGGGGAACAAUGCUACAGAGCAAAUUGAGGCCUUCACAAAUGGACCAAUCAUUGCGUACUCGAACUUGAGAGCUUUUACUUAUGCACAACUGAAGGCUGCAACACAUAAUUUUAGACCUGAUAUGGUGGUGGGAAAAGGAGGUUUUGGUGUUGUUUAUAAGGGUUGGCUUAAGGAAAAGGUGAUGCCAAGGGGAAUAAGGAAGACAGCUAUGGCUAUCAAGAAACUGAAUCCUGAGAGCGGUCAAGGAGCUCAAGAAUGGAAGGCAGAGGUCAAUUUGUUGGGAAGCUUAUCUCAUCCGAACCUUGUACAACUAUUGGGAUACUGCCAUGAAGAUGGGAAGUUCAUUCUUAUCUAUGAGUUCAUGAAAAAGGGAAGCCUAAAUCGCUAUCUAUUUGGAAAGCGCUCAGUUCAGCGACUUCCAUGGGACACAAGGCUGAAGGUUGCCAUAGGAACAGCUCGAGGGCUGGAUUACUUGCACUCAUUGGAGAAGCCAAUAAUUUAUAGAGAUUUCAAGUCUUCCAACAUACUGCUUGAUGAGUUCUAUGAUGCAAAGAUCGCAGACUUUGGAUUAGCAUUUUUUGGUCCUUUGACUGAUAAUUCACAUGUCAGUACUCUUGUCAUGGGCACACUUGGUUAUGCUGAUCCAGAGUACGUUUCAACAGGUCAUUUGUUUGUAAAGAGUGAUGUAUACAGUUUUGGCGUUGUUUUGGUUGAGAUGCUGACAGGCUUACGGGCAUUUGAUAGAAAGCGUCCAUCUGGGCAACGAGUGCUAGUUGAUUGGGUUAAACCACAUCUGACCAAGAGGAAAGGUUUGAAAAAUAUAAUGGACUCUCGGUUGGAGGGAAAAUAUCCUUCCAAAGAGGCCAAACAAAUAGCUUAUCUUGCAGUUAAAUGUCUUCGGCCUGAACCCCUUCUUCGACCAUCAAUGAAAGAAGUAGUAGAGACACUCGAACAGAUUGAAGCUGUCAGUCUUAGAACAGGGGACCAUAAUAUUCAUUCAACUGAACAACAUAACUAGUAGAUUUAUAGUACUUUGCAGAUUUAAGUUUAUGGUUUUACAAUGUUGUGUUGUAAAAUUAGUUCUUAAAUUGGUGUGUUUUUCUA